AUGGCAGGCCUCGCUCGACACGUUGACCCUGAAGAACUUAUCAAAACUUCACAUGACCAUCCCUCACAUAAGGCCGGACAGCAUUCUAGCUCCCGAGUGCUGUCUCACACUACUCCGUACUCUAGUCGAUACGCUAGUGCAACUGAACUUUCCAAGUUCCGCAUUCCCCAUGACGGUGCUCCUGCCGAUGUUGUUCACCAACUUCUGAAGGACGAGUUAGACUUGGAUGGACGACCAAACCUGAACCUCGCCUCUUUCGUUGGCACCUACAUGGAGCGAGAAGCGGAGCAACUAAUGGUUGAAAAUCUCUCGAAGAACAUGUCGGACGCUGAUGAGUACCCAGCCAUGAUGGAUAUGCACGCUCGGUGUGUUUCAAUCCUCGCACACCUCUGGGCAGUUCAAGAAGGGGAGAAGGCCAUCGGAUCUGCGACCACGGGCUCAAGUGAAGCCAUACAUCUUGGCGGAUUGGCUAUGAAGCGGCGCUGGCAGGAAAAGCGGCAAGCCGAAGGAAAGGACACAUUGAAGCCGAACAUUAUCAUGGGUGCCAAUGCUCAAGUUGCCCUUGAGAAAUUUGCGCGGUACUUUGAGGUCGAAGCGAGAAUCCUCCCGGUUUCUGAGAAUAGCUCCUAUCGCCUUGAUCCGGAAUUGGUAAAGAAGAACAUUGAUGAGAAUACCAUUGGUAUCUUUGUCAUACUGGGGUCUACGUACACUGGGCAUUACGAGCCUGUUGAGGAGAUUUCGAACAUUCUCGAUGACUAUGAGAAGAAGACAGGAGCUUCGAUCCCGAUCCAUGUCGAUGCAGCCUCUGGAGGUUUUAUUGCACCAUUCACGCACGCCAAAGCUGGCUUCAAGUGGAACUUUGAACUGCCACGGGUCAAAUCAAUCAACACCUCCGGUCACAAGUUCGGAUUGGUGUAUGCUGGUGUGGGUUGGAUCAUUUGGCGAGAUGAAAGCUAUCUACCCAAACAUCUGCUUUUCGAGCUGCACUACCUUGGUGGCACCGAGGAAUCUUAUACUCUGAACUUUUCACGGCCUGGGGCGCAGAUCAUCGCGCAAUACUACAAUCUCAUCCACCUUGGUUUUACUGGCUACCAGAAUAUUAUGGAAAACACUCUCGCAAACGCUCGGCUCCUCAGCCGUGCGCUUGAGGGUACCGGAUGGUUUCGCUGUAUUAGCGAUAUCCACCGAAAACAGGGCGAUCACAAAUACGAAAAGGGCAAGAGGCAGUUCGAAGAAGGCCAAAACAGUGCAGACUAUAAUGCCGGACUUCCCGUCGUUGCUUUCACCGUCUCGGAUGACUUCAAAAAGGACUAUCCUCAUGUAAAGCAAGCUGCAGUCAGCAAUUUGCUGAGGGCCAAACAGUACAUCAUUCCGAAUUAUCCAUUGCCCCCGAACGAGGAGAAAACCGAAAUUCUGAGGGUGGUUGUCCGCGAAAGCCUAUCACUAGAUAUGAUGGAUCGCCUGGUCACGGAUAUUUGCAACGUUACCGAGACACUUAUGAAGUCAGACACGUUUGAUUUGGCAGCUUGGCAGCCAACGACUCCAAGUGUCGAGAAACAACACGGCAAUCAUGGCCUGGAGGCCAAAAACAAACACAAGGCCCGUUGCCCAAUGCGUGACGGGGUUCAUCGAACAGUUUGUUAG